GCCCGGCGUCGCGCCGUGUGCGUCACGGCGCUCCGCCCGCCCCCCGCGGCGAUUGGCGGCGGCGGCGGCGCAGAGGCCGCGCGGAGGUCGCCAUGGUGCCGGCGGUGGCGCUGGGCUGCCGCCUGCGGCGCCUCCUGCCCGCCGCCGCCGUGGGGGCCCCGCCGCCCGGCCGCGCUACGGCGCGGUCGCUCGGCGGGCAGGGCCGCGGCGGCGCCCCGCGGCCGCGCCGCGACCUCUACGAGCUGCUGGGCGUCCCGGCCACGGCCACGCAGGCGCAGAUCAAGACGGCCUACUACGAGCAGUCGUUCCGGUACCACCCGGACCGCAACGCGGGCAGCGCCGAGGCGGCGCAGCGCUUCGCCGCCAUCAGCGAGGCCUACCUGGUGCUGGGCAGCGCCGCGCUGCGCCGCAAGUACGACCGCGGCCUCCUCAGCCGCGAGGACCUGCGGGGCGCCGCCAAGCCCUCGGGCCGCCCGCCGCCGCCCGCCCCGGCGCCGCGCCCGCGCGCUUCCGCCACAGCCGCCGGCCACCGCGGCCCGCUGCCGCCGCCCUUCGACUUCGACGCCUUCUACCGCGCGCACUACGGGGAGCAGCUGGAGCGGGAGCAGGCGCUGCGGGCCCGCCGCGAGCAGCUGCGCCAACGCCGCGAGGAGGCCGCAGCCCGCGGCCGCCUCCGCCUGCUGCCCGACCUCUCCGUCGGGCUCAUCGUCCUCCUGGGGUUCGCCCUGCUCUACGGGCUCAAGUAGCGGCGGGGCCGGCCCCCGUGGGGAGCGCUGGGGGCUGCCGGCCUGGCUUCGCCCCCGUGGCGAGCACGGAGCACGACCGCUGGGCACGGUGCGCCGGCCGGGAGCUGUCCCCUCCGCCAGUGCGAGCGGCCGGCAGGGUGUGCGACUGGCAGCCGCGUGCGGUCUCUGCUCUGCAGGCUGUGACGUGUCCUCUCCGCAGCGUGACGGACGCCGUGCGUGGCCAUGGGCGCUGCUCUACAGGCUGUGGUGCGGCCCCUCUGCCAGUGUGACCUUCAGGCACCAGGUGUCACCUGCGUAUGACCAGCAGGUACCGCACGUGGGUUCUACUUUAUACGCUGUGGUGUGCUCCAUCUGCUGGUACUGCCUGAGGAACAGCGCAAGGAGCGCAAACAUGGUUCACGGACUCUCCUUCGCAGACUGUGACUGUGUCCCCUCUGCUAGCACUGCUGUCUGACCCUGGCAGGAACCGCGCACCUGUGCUCCUGAGCCGCAGUGGAGAUUAAAUGGUUGCCAGCAGUGUUUGUAUGCUGUGUGUUUUCAUAGGUGAUGCUCUCACUCAUCCUGAGCAAUGGCUCCCUGUGGUUUUUCUGAAAUCUGUCACUGAGCCCUGCCACUUCGGUGCUUUCACACUUAUUAGUACCACAUCUGUGGGGAGUUUCGGGAGUGUUGGUCUCCAGGCUGCAUCAUUGCUCUUGUUUGUCCCUCUUCAGGCUUCACUCCCUGGUGAGUGCAGAGGUCUCAUGUUCCGCCAUCAUUCCUGGAAGAAUGAAGCCUGGGCUGGUGGCAGCCCAUGUCCUGGUCAGCAUGUGACACCACCUGCUUCUCCGUGGAGAUGCUACCCAAAACACUUCUGUGUUCAGAACAGCCUGUCCUGUCUGGGGUUUGGCAGGAACUUUGCACAAGACGAUCUUAUACAGGCCUUAAUGGCUUGGAGUGGUACAUUUCUGGGUACAGAAUGGCAUUAUUUGUGUUUUAUGUAAGCAUCAUUUGCACUUAGAAUAUUUACCUGUUUAAGUACUGAAGUGCUUUAGGAACGAAAGAUUGUGUUCUUAGAGCUUCUGUCUCUCUUUGGGUGAAGGCUUCACCUACGUUAUGUUUGUAUUAUGUGGAGCGAGUGAAAGCUUGAUAUAACAUAGGACUGCAAGUCUUAGUGUGCCAAAGACUUCACAUGUGUUUAUUUGCACUGGAUUUGCUGGGCCUGGCUGGCAGAUGUCUGCACAGAAGCCAAGCCACCUUCCCUCACUACAGUGAUCCUGGGUUAUGUUUUCUCCCAACACAGACAUGUUAAAAACAAAUGCCUUGUGUAUUCCAGCUGCUGAGUUCUGUGAUACUGCAACAAGCUAAGGGCAGUAGUGUAGCAGAGUACAUAGUACGUACUGGUGUAGAGUAUAUGGUGGCAUAUAGCUGAUAUAGGAGAGUUUUCAGCUGGGUGCUUGAGAGCUGCUACUAGAAAGAAUUGUACCACUUCCAACUACAGGCUCCAGAGACUGCUGUGGGUUUGGAGCAAACUUAGCCCAGGGGCAGAAGGAGAGCUUUCCAGGACCCUCUCUGGUUGUCCAUCUACCUCUGUAUGAGGGAUUCCAGUCCUGAAAUGUCAGCUUGUGAAGAGCACAAGGAGUUUGGCCUUCUAGGGUGUUGGACAUGGGGGUGAAAGACUCCAGAAUCGUGGCUCUGUGUCACUCAUUGGUGCUCUUUCAUGCUGUAAGCAAAGUCACUUGAAAGAUCAGAGGCUGCUCCCCAGACAGGGUUUGGCAGGUAACAUUCUCUUCCGGGCUGGAAGAACCAGGGAAGUCCAUGGGAGGUGGUGUGCAUUACAUGGGAACACCUUUCUAAUUCCCACUGUCACGGCAUGUGGGUUUUUAAAGCAGCACUGCCAAAGGCUGGGGGAGUGGGGAGGAGGGGCAGUGUGUGUCCCCUGGGUUGAUCUUUCUUUAAUACAUAUGUGGUGAUGAGGACCAGAAGGUGUAGGCUGUUCCUGCAGGCAGGCCCCAUACCCAGCUGCAAGCCUGCUGCCAGGCAAAGAGAGGGUCUGGUGUCAUGCAGUGCAGAGCAGUUGGCAGGAUGCUGUGGUGUUCCCCUCUUGAGCUGGAGCAGGAGGAAACAUGGCUAGCUGCUGUGCUGCCUGCGUUGCUCUGCUCCUUAACUCUGAGAAAGGAGAUGAGCUCUUCCAGUAAGCCAGGUGACUCUUCUGCUCUGUGUCUGAUGCUUGUGUCUGAAAUGUGGGGGGUGAAAUACCCAGGAUGAACUAAUCUGUGUGCCUUAGAAUGGAUGGUUUGGGCAAUGCAGUAUUGCUGGUUCUUCCUCAGGUCUCCCUGACAGAUCUUGAACAUUAAAGUUAUCCAUCUCAUAAA